UUUCUCCUCUUUGAUCUCAUCCACUUCCACCUAAGAUUAAUACCGUUGCAAAAUCAAACCUUUUCACUUCGUCAAAGGAGGAAAAAAAGCAAAAGAAUAAUCCCAAAUAAGAAGCUACCAAAACUGUUAGUUUACACAAUCAGUAGUCAUAAAGGACACUGCCAAGAGCCAAAACCCUCAAAUUCUUUCAAUAUUCAUACCAUCAAUCAUGUCCAACACAAACAAUAAAAUCUCACUGACACAAACCCUUCACCCAAACCCCACUAUUGAGCCUCUCUUGCAUGCCCUUGACCCCAUAUCACUGAUCCUCAACCAGAAUUCCAAUUCAGACCACCCUUUCCCUCUGAGGCUCACCCCUGCAGACAGCUUCAUCUUGGAGAGAGGACCCAACUACGCUGCAUAUGCUGAACUGAGAGAAACAAGGUUGCACACCAAGUGUUUGAUGCAAGAACAACAACAAGAGGCUCGGGAAUUGGCGCCAACAAAACCUGCAACCCCACCAAGGAAGAAGCAGGUCAAGUUUGAAGAUUGUGGGGGACAUUCAAAAUCAAAAGGGUCCUUUGUUCUUGCCCAGUCUGUGCCAGAUUUCUCUGCUGCAUUGAGGAAAGAGAAUAGGAAGCCUGUGAACACUUUGCCUUCAAGGAUGGAGACGAUGACGCCACCAAGCAAGAGUGGCAAUGGGGUGGCGUUGAGUUCAAGGGGUAGCAAGUCGGUGAGUGGAGGGGAUAAGAAGAAGGGCGGUGGUGCUUUGAUGGCAAGGAAGAGCUAUGCUUGCAUUGAUGAGCUUAAGAGUUUGUCUUCUGCUACAGCCACUGCCAUCAAUGGUGAAGGUAGAGGAGGAGGGAGGAAUAACAAGGUGGUGCGGAAGACACUUUCCGGGCACCACAGACAGUUUUGAAUGUGGGAGUUGUGGAAAUAUUGGUUCCUUAGAUUAUGACUUGUUCAUUGUUGGUUGAAUUUGUUGCUUCGAGAAGAUGUGGUGAUGGUUGAACUAGUUCUUUUGUUUUUCAUU